AUGAUAUACAGUUGCGCGGGCGAUGUCAUCACAUCUUGGCUAGAGAGUGUGAUAGAAGAACUACGCGACGAGUUUCCGAAGACACGCAGCGGGAAACGGAAACGAGAGCCCGAUCGAUUCACUCCGUCUCCGUCGUCGUCGACCACAUUUAGUAUGAGUGCCAAGAGACGGAGAGGCGAGGUGGCAGAUGCCGACGACAUCUUUGCCACGCCCCAGCCUCCGCCUCGCGCACUAACCGAUGCGUCGUCAACCUCCAAGACGCCCAUCAAGCAGUUUCAGCGGAUGGAGGUGGCAGCCCACGAUCCCGUCCGCCUUCGCCAGCUCUCCGUCGAGGAUCCCGAGCUCCCCGAGACCUUGAGGACCAUCGUCCAGGAUCUAUCCCUCCUUGCCAAGAGCCGCGGUAUUAUCCACCAGGGACUCCAGGCAAGCCCCCUUCCUGCCUGUUGUCUGGUCACGGAAUGCCAAAACGAGAUGCACCCCGAGGCCUCGUGGAAUAUGCUUGUCCACCAGCGGAUCCUCGCCUUGGCCGCGCCACCGUGCUGGGAGAGAGAGGGCCCGGUGCACUUCAUGCCCUGUACGACGGCCAAGAUCCACCCGGCAUACCGUCGUGGCUCCGGGACCGGAUCCGCCAAGAUGGUCGACUUCGCCAUGUACGUGGAGCCCUCGGCGUUCGGGGUCGACGAUGCAACCGCUGUUGACAAGGCCCGGACACGUCUCCCCGAGGCCUCUAUUAACCACACCGACUUCGCCCCCCUUCGCCGCCGACCCAUCGCACUGAGCAUCCAGAGUAAGGCGACCGGUCAUCAGUUGCUGGAAGCCGAAGUCCAGGUGGGCGUCUGGCUGGCCGCCCAGUGGCGCAUGCUCGAGUCUCUCUCCGAGGACAAAGCAGCAGCUGUUAUGCCGCCAUUUCUCCCCGCAGUCAUCAUCCAGGGCCACGACUGGCACUUUGUUUCCACCACACGCAGCGGCGGAUGUACUACCCUGUGGGCGAAGCAGACGUUUGGCUCCUCGGAGACGGUUCUCGGCAUCUAUCAGCUCGUCUGCAUUCUGCGAUAUCUGGGGCAGUGGGCUGCGCAACAUUAUUGGUCGUGUUUCCGACAAUGUAUUCUCUAGUCCCUAAAAAAAGGGAAGAGGAUUGUAGUCGGUGAGAAUAGUUAGUGAUCAAUCGAGGGUCAGUUGGGGUUCAGGUGGAGGAUCAGUCAGUGUGACGGUUUGAGCACACCAAGUAGGGAUAGGACUCCGCAGAUCAUUCCAAUUUCCAAAGGCUUAAAG